AUGGAGAACUUGAUGGGUCUUCUGAGAAUUCACAUCCAAAGAGGAGUGAACCUUGCUGUUAGAGACAUGAGAAGCAGUGACCCUUAUGUUGUUAUCAAAAUGGGCAAGCAGAAGUUGAAAACUCGAGUGGUGAAGAGGAAUGUGAAUCCUGAGUGGGAUGAAAGAUUGACUCUUUCCGUUGCAGAUGCAAAUCUUCCGAUCAUGGUCUGUGUGUAUGAUAAAGAUACGUUUAGUUUUGAUGACAAAAUGGGAGAUGCAGAGUUUGAGAUUGGUUCAUUCAUUAAAGCCUUGAAGAUGCGCUCGGAAGGCUUAACAGAUGGAACCAUAAUUGACAGAGUGAAACCAAAUAGGGAAAACUGCCUUGCUGAAGAGAGCUGCAUCAUGUGGUCCAACGGAAAACUUGUCCAGAACAUACUCCUCAGACUCAGAAAUGUGGAGUGUGGGGAAGUUGAACUUCAAUUGCAGUGGAUUGAUGUUCCAAUUUCUAGGGGUCUCUAG